CUCCCUUCCCCUCCCCCUCGGGCACCUGGUCGCGCGGAGCCCGCGGUGGCAUGCGCUGGCUGUUGCUGAAUCACUUUCACUUAUGCCGUGCACUGUGCUGGUUCCCCCGAGUCGGUCCGGUACUGAAAACGAAAUAAAAAUAAAAGAGUACGUUAAAUUGACCAGAGGAAAGAGGCGAACAAAAACUGACGGAACGGAACAAGGAGGAAGGGGUUUUUCGCAUUUUUUUUUCCCCCCCCGUUUUAUCGUCGAUCGUCUCUUCACAAUUUGUGAACAACAAUUAAAGAAACGUAAUUUUUCAAAUAUGUACGGUAAUUAAAGAAAAAUAAAAACAAAAUAAAACGUACAACUUUUCGAUAAAUAUAAUUCAGUUUAUAUACGCAUGUGUGUGAUUGUGUGUACUCGUUGGUUUUCUUUUAUUUUGGAUUACUGUAUCGAGGGAUAAAAUAGACGAAAGAAAUAUAAACGACGAUCGUAGAGAGAGAGAGAAAUAAGAGGAGGAAUAUUGAAUAAAUCGUACGUGCAUCGGUGCGGCGGGAUUUUGGACAAAAUUCGUGGACAAGACUCGGUCAGAAACAAAAAAAAAGACACGUGCAUACGUUGAGUGGUGUUUUUUUUUGUUUGUUCUUUCAUUCGUUUGAAACGAGGCGAAAAAAGCCGCGGGAGGCCGAAAGAAAAAAAGAAAGGAAGAGAAGAAGAGGGUGAAAAAACGGAAGAAAGGAUUACAGGGACACGUCGUAGACCGCCGUGAGGCCCACCUAUAUCCAUCCAUCCAUCCACCUACCACCUACUGCCCACCUUCCACCUUUUUACGCACGAGGGUAGGAGGGGUGGUGGAGAACUCGAGCGAUCAGUGAGCGAGAAGAACGAAUCAACUAGUCAAGAACGGAUAACUGAGACGUCUAGUCGCGCGCGCUUCAUUCGGAUACCGUUUAAAUUAUUUAUUUAUUUUACCCGUUCCUUCGAAUAUUUUCAUCGUUGUUAUUAUUGUCCCGCAUUCAUCCGACCCUUCCGUUCUAUUUAUUUUCCAUUUCGUGUUCGCGAUUAAAACCGACGAAUAUUACCAACGGAAGUUUGACUCGGUCGCCAUCGAGUCGUUGGAUUCGUCGAAGAUAUUUAUAUACAUAUAUUUAAACAAAGUGCAACGUAUGUGUUACGCGAUUGUUCUGAAAUUAUCAAUCGAACGCGGAUAUCGUGUCGGCGUUAUCAGUUUUUGAAAAAAAAAAAAAACAGAAGUUUUUCAUUUUCCUCGUUCGUUUUGUUUUGUUUUUUUUUUCGCAAAAAACAAACGAAACAAAGAAGGUUACCGCGAGGUAACAACUCGGAGGACGAUAUCGUCGCGUCGCUGCCUGAGAGAGAGAGAGAGGGAGAGAGAGAGAGAGAGAGAGAAGAGAAGAGAUAGAAGGAAAAUCGUCCUUAAAAAACAAAAGACGCGAGGAUUUCUUUUUCGAGAGAACCGCGCGCAACUUCGCGAUUCCGAAAAUUCCUCGUCUCUCUCACGUUAUUGUCGAUUGUGAUAAUAACAAUUAUCAUAUAUAUCUCCGCGACUCGCAGUUCGACCUGGUUUUUCCUCGUCUCGUUAUUCUGCCUCAACUGCAAAUGGAUUAUAAAUGAUACGACUAAACCGAAAUACGGAUUCUGUUGAAAAAUAAAUAAAUGAAAUAUUGAUAAAAUUUAUUUAACAAAGUGACAUAAGUGCAGUGGUUGGACUGCAUUUUCAGACAUAUCUGUGUGCGUUCGUCGUCGUCGUUGCCGUACAUGGGAGAAUUUGGAUUACAGUGAAAUAGAAAAAGGAAAUAAUUAAGAAAAAAAAAAACAUACAAACAAACAAACAACUGUGCUCAGUGACACGAUACACAUCGACACGUUCACAUGUGCGUUAUGCACUAUCGGUUUACCAAACGCAUAUUCGUGAUCAAUAGUCAAAAUUUGUUGUACAAUUAACGCGUCGAACCUCGAAGUUUAUAUCACAUUUCCCACGAUGAGACGGACGCUGUUUGUUAUAAUAAAUAUAAAACCAGUGUUACUCAAUUUUAGUGACGGUAAUUGAUACCGAUCAACCGAAAGUGAGCAGCGAUCUACGUGACCGUAGCAGCGUAUUUUCGAAUUUCGUCAAAUCAAAGAAAACGGAAACAGAAAAAAAAACAAACUAAUCGACGAGUUCGAAAAGUUUCGUUGAGGCGACGGUGUGUGUGACGUAGUGCAGGUGAAAGAUCGCGCGUUUCGUCGACGGUAGCGGUCGGUGUUGAGCAGGACAGGGACGGGGCGCGGUGUGUGCCGGUGCGAAGGUUCCGAAAAUACGAUCCAGAAACGAUAGUAACAAAUAUACACAUUUGAUGAAUGGACGCGUAUACAUAAAGGGUGGUUAACCGUCGCGUAGAUUAGAUGUCGAAAGACAAGGAGAAAACAAAACAACAAAUCAACCUAACGCGUGAUCCAUAUAUAUGUGGAUGAAAGUAAGAAAUAUUCUUAGCAAGUUGUCGGAAUUCUGUAUCAACCGUAAUUCGGAGGAUUGCGACAGAGGAAAAACUGUCUUUAUGCGAUAUCGUCGCAGGAGCUGUCGUUUUCGCGGUCGUUGCGGUAGUGGUAGAAGUGGUGGUUAUCGCGUCCGAGGAGUUGGAGCGGUAGCGGCGGUGGUAGUAGAAGAAUAACAAUUGACAAGGGAGAAACAAGUAGUGAAUCAGGUGUUGUGUGAUGUUAUUGGAGAUGGAACAACACUCUGGCCUAAUGUCGCUGAACAUGUCACCGUUUCAGUUGAGCCCGCAGGGCAGCCCCCAGGGGGCCGCGGGUCAGCAGUCGGUCGGGAGCGGUAACGGUGGGGGCGGUCAGUACGGUUCGCCGGUAUCCUACUGCGCCCAGAGUCCGCCGCAGGCCAUGUGCCAUCAGCAGAGUAACGGCAGCGCUAACAACAACAACAACAACAACAAUAACAACAAUAACAAUAACAAUAACAAUAACGGCAACCAACAGCAACAAAUGCAAGGGAAUCAACAGGCCCAAACGCAACAACAGCAACAACAACAACAACAACACCCCCAAGCGCAGGGACAGAGUCAGUCCCAGUCGCAAAAUCAAUCUCAAACGCAAUCUCAGUCCCAAUCUCAAUCCCAGGCCCAAGCGCUCGGUUUGUCCGGUCUUGAGGCCGCAUUUUUUGACGCGACCUGCCUAGAGGAAAGGUGUCCGAUGUGCGGUGACAAAAUGUCAGGAUACCAAUACGGACUAUUGACUUGCGAGUCAUGCAAAGGUUUCUUUAAACGCAACAGUUCACCGAUUAUAAGUAGGAAAGUGUACACGUGUUUGUUCUCACCAACAGGAGGCGGGGGGUCGUCCUCGGGGAUGGAUGGCGGGACCUACGCCGGCGGCGGUAACAACACCGCCGGUAGCGGGGGCGGAAGUUCCGCCGGUAGCGGCGGCGGUGCGGGAGGAGGAGGAGGGGGAGGUGGGGGCGGAGGAGGUGGGGGCGGAGGCAGCGGUGGGGGCGGUGGGGGCGCCGGAGGGGGAGGCGGGGGGAUGGGUAACGUCGGCAACAGCGCCCUCGGGAUGGGGGUUGGCGGGAGUUGCGUGGGGCAGGUUGGGGUCGGUAUCGGUGUUGUAACGGGCUCGAUACCGGGGCCCUCGGAUUUCGCGGACGCCAAGGACAUUAUCGAAGAGUUGUGCCCGGUUUGCGGUGACAAGGUAUCCGGUUAUCACUACGGUUUACUCACGUGCGAAUCGUGCAAGGGAUUCUUCAAACGUACCGUCCAAAAUAAAAAGGUCUACACCUGCGUAGCCGAGAGGUCCUGUCACAUAGACAAGACACAGAGGAAGCGAUGUCCGUUCUGCAGAUUUCAAAAAUGUCUCGAGGUCGGCAUGAAACUGGAAGCUGUACGAGCGGACAGGAUGAGAGGAGGAAGGAACAAGUUCGGACCUAUGUACAAAAGGGACAGGGCGAGGAAAUUGCAAUUGAUGAGACAGCGGCAACUUGCCCUUCAAACGAUACGAAGCGGCCUCGGUAGCGAGGUUGGCUAUCCCUCCGCCGUUACGCCGUUCCUUCAUAUCAAGCAGGAGAUUCAAAUACCUCAGGUUUCGAGUCUCACAUCGUCGCCGGAUUCGAGCCCAUCGCCUGCGGCCGUCGCGGCUGGACUCGCGACGACGCAACCGGGCGCCGGGGCUGGACAACAUCAGCUCAUAGCCCCGUCUUCCCAACCGGCCAUAUCCGCCGGAAAUCACCUCCACAACGCCAAUCCUAGCCUAGAGAGUAAACUGUGGCCAGCCAAUUCUACGACUCCUAGCCCCAAGGCUUUCAAUUUUGGCGAACAAUCACAGCAACCGCAUACAGCUACGACAACGCCGUCCACUGGUACCCUUAAAACUAGUCCCAUGAUCAGAGACUUUGUGCAAACCGUAGAUGAUCGGGAGUGGCAAUCGUCACUGUUUACCCUCUUGCAAAACCAAACGUACAAUCAGUGUGAAGUGGACUUGUUUGAACUCAUGUGCAAAGUGCUCGACCAGAAUCUCUUCUCGCAGGUCGACUGGGCGAGAAAUUCCGUAUUCUUCAAGGAUCUGAAGGUUGACGACCAAAUGAAGCUUUUACAACACUCUUGGUCAGAUAUGUUGGUGCUUGACCAUCUUCAUCAAAGGUUACACAAUAACCUACCAGAUGAAACCACUCUUCACAAUGGUCAAAAGUUUGAUCUUUUGUGUCUCGGCUUGCUAGGAGUUCCUUCUUUAGCAGAUCUCUUCAAUGACUUGUCCACCAAACUUCAGGAGCUGAAAUUCGACCUCUCGGAUUAUAUUUGUAUGAAAUUCCUCAUGCUGCUCAAUCAUGAUGUUCGGGGGCUGGUGAACAAAAAACAUGUACAAGAAGGACACGAGCAAGUUCAACGCGCCUUGCUGGAUUACACAUUGACCUGUUAUCCAUCGAUACCGGACAAGUUUCACAAGCUGCUGACAGUAUUACCAGACAUUCAUGCAGUGGCGGGUAGGGGCGAAGAGCACCUUUAUCACAAACACUGUAACGGAGGAGCCCCGACGCAAACCCUUCUCAUGGAGAUGCUUCACGCGAAGAGAAAAUGAAAUGGUCAAUUAAUUUGGACAGCUGUGCUGUGCUGAGAAUACGUCAAAGUCAUGAAGAUUUGAGUAUCGGGCCAAACCAUGGAGGAGUGCUGGUUCAUGUGUUGUCACCUAUGCGAAGGCAUGUGAAGAACGGAAAGACGAAAAAAGUAAACAAAAAGGAAUUAAGAAAAAACAAACGAAGAAAUAAAUAAAAAAUGCAUAAAAGAUAGAUAUAAAUAAUGAAAGGAAAUAAAAACGAAUCAAGUAUAGACGUACAUACUUUGCAUAAAUACAUAGUGUAUAUGUAUUAUAAAAAUGUAUCUAAAUAUGUAAACAUAACGAUAUAUAUUUUCUAUAUUUGAUGUUGAAGUUUUAGAGAUGUAUCCGUGGAGAAAUUACCCUAACUCAGGGGGUAUAAGCGCAGGGAAUAGUAAGCAAGAUGCCUUGAAAACAGUACAAAGGGUGGUUACAAAAUAUUGGUCAAAGGGCAGGCAACUUUUGUCUAAAUAAGUAAAGCUAUUUUUCUAAUAUUAGAAAGAAUAUUAUCUUUAAGUAAUACCACUGAAGCCUUGCUCUCACCUGAUGAUGUCCUAUUGUUCACGAGGAGAAAAGAAAGAAAAAGCAGAAAAUUAAAAAUAUGUGAGCGGAAAAAAGAUAGAGAGAAAUGAAGAAAUAACGAAAGAAAUGAUGGUAAUGAAAUUGAACAGUCGAAAGAAAAAAAAAAUAUAUAAAUCAGACUCUCCGGUUAUUCGUUCUCUAAACGGGAUUCAACGGGCAUACUUGAGUAAUACAGUGAAUUUGCAUGUGAUAUGUUGCACGUGUUGCAAAAACCUGGCCACCUGGGCAUCCUUAGAACUUCCUAUAAUUCUGCAUUUUGUCACACUUGCACACCGCAGGGCUUAUCUCGUUUUCUUGUAAAUACUAGUUAACACAUUCCAAUUAAAUUGUAUAUUAUAAAGAAGAAAAAAAAGGAAAAAAUAAAAAAAAAAAAGAAAUAAAUAACAAAAAACAGAAUCAUGUUAAAUAUGUAAUUAUAAUAUUUUUGUGUAUAGUUUAAUGAAAUAAAAUAUAUUUCUGUUGCUUACUGAAAAUCAUUAGCUACUUAAUGUCUUCACUAAUUUUAGUAUUUUAUUCAUGUAUUUGUCUUUAUUAUUUUUCAAAUAGGUGGCGGACAAAAAUAACCACAAAUUGCGAUAUUUUAUUACUACUGUAUAUUGUACCAUAAUAAAGAUUAUAUUAAGAAGAAACGGAAUCACCGGAGCAAGGUUUAUGUGGUCCUAUAUUGUGUUGUAAUUAAUAAUACAUAAAUGCAUAAGAACAUUAAUGUCUUAAUAAAAGUUGUUAAAUAUAAUAAUAAAUAUUUAGUGAAUGUUAAGAUAGAUUAGAAUGUGACCGUAGUUAUUUUUCAUCGAUAGAUUAUAUAUAUGUAAAUAUAUAUAUUUUAUUGUUCAACUGUUAGUCAGGAAUAACAAAAUAUUCAGUGCUGUGAAGGUUGUCAUUGGGACACCUGCGGUAGCUCAUCGAAGCUGCACCGUUAUAAAUGUUGAACUUUUGAGCGCAAAAUGGCCAAACCGACUGAAAUAAUUGCCCACAAUGGUCAGUAAAUUUCAAACAAAACGCAACUCUAUUAUUCCAAUCUACUCGCUUGCUCGCCAAUUCAAAUUAAUAAUCUGUACUUAUUCCUUGGUCACGUACCGAUAUGUCUACAUAUUCGUUCUGUUCCAAAAGCUCAGAAUAAUACGGACUUGAAUCUUUCAGCCUCUGAUCAAAAUUACCGUACAGCAUAGCAAAAGGGAGUGCACUCUUUCUGCACAGUCACCCAAUAGGCUGCAGGCUGCACUAUUUCCAACCAAUUAAAGGUUGAUGUCUUGCCUUAACUGCUGAUGCUGCUGCUGCUGUUGAUGUUCCAUUGACUAUUAUAGAUGUUGCCAUUAGCUGGAGUUGAUACUUUGUGCGCAACGAUUUUGCCCUCUGGUUGGUCACUUUUGACUCUGAAUCCAAACUCGCUGUAUUCUAAGAAACGUGUCCCAAAUAUAUCAAAUCCACCAGUUCGUAGCGAUGCACUUGAAUGGUCAAUUGGGGAAUUUCAAAGAUUCACUCGGUCCCUUUAGUUUUUUGAAAUGACUAUAACUCAACACGGAUACAUACCUGCCCAGGUAUACUCAUUACCUUAACUAUUUAACAUAUUCAAACUUUUGUACUUUUACAGUUUUACUGACUCGGAUACCUGACGCGUUGCGAUUUGUUCCUAAAUUAAAAAUACGAACAAUCUGGUGAAUAUUUUUGGGACAUGUAAAAACAAAACAAUCCACCAACGUCACCACCACUCCAGAGAUGAGGAGACUGCCUUCUAAAAAAGGUCCACCCUCUCCUCUCUGACGAGCAUACAUAUUUAUUCCGUUUAAUAGUCCGAUGAAUUCCAUUACAUCCUGAUUAUUGACAAAUAUAAUUAUGUAAUACAAUUAUUAUGGUGUUAUGUACACAUCGUGUCAAACAUUUAAUGUACAGUUACCACUUACCAAUAACAAUUGGCAAAAAAUUCAUCCAAUAUAAUUGUGAUUAUUUAACCCAAUUCUAUGUUGGGAUUAAAUUGAAUAAAAAAAAAUAAAAAAAU